CGUUAAGUAACAACAACACAAUUCUCAAAUCUCUCUCUCUCACCAUCAAUGGCUCUCUCCAUCUCCAUCUCUCUCCUCCUCAUCUUCCUCUCUCACUUCCCCUCCUCACAUGCAGAGCCUUUCAUCGGAGUUAACUACGGCCAAGUCGCCGACAAUCUCCCUCCUCCUUCAGAAACCGCCAAGCUCCUCCAAUCCACUUCAAUUCAGAAAGUUCGACUCUACGGCGCCGAUCCCGCCAUCAUCAAAGCUUUGGCCGGAACAGGGGUUGGUAUCGUCAUCGGCGCUGCUAACGGCGACGUUCCUUCUCUCGCCACCGAUCCUAACGCCGCCACUCAAUGGAUCAACUCCAAUGUCCUUCCUUUUUAUCCCGCUUCCAAAAUCAUCCUCAUCACCGUCGGCAACGAGAUUUUGAUGUCGAACGAUCCAAAUCUGGUGAAUCAGCUACUUCCAGCGAUGCAAAAUGUCCAAAAAGCCCUUGAGGCGGUGUCUCUCGGCGGGAAAAUCAAGGUCUCGACGGUGCACUCGAUGACGGUGCUCGGUAGUUCAGACCCGCCAUCGACCGGUUCAUUUGCGGCCGGUUAUCAAACCGGUUUAAAAGGAAUUUUGCAAUUUUUAAGCGACACUGGUUCACCUUUUGCUAUUAACCCGUACCCGUUCUUUGCGUACCAAAGUGACCCGAGACCAGAAACGCUGGCGUUUUGUCUCUUUCAGCCUAACGCCGGACGGGUCGACUCCAAAACCGGAAUCAAGUACACGAACAUGUUCGAUGCUCAGGUUGAUGCAGUUCACUCGGCUUUGAAAUCGAUGGGAUUCGAAAAGGUGGAGAUCGUGGUGGCGGAAACAGGUUGGGCGUCAAGAGGGGACGCUAACGAGGUUGGAGCAAGCGUGGAUAACGCCAAAGCUUACAACGGAAACCUAAUAGCUCAUCUAAGGUCUAUGGUUGGCACACCCCUCAUGCCUGGAAAACCUGUUGACACUUACCUUUUCGCACUAUAUGAUGAGAAUCUAAAGCCUGGACCUUCUUCAGAACGGGCUUUCGGGCUUUUCAAAACUGAUCUUUCCAUGGUCUACGAUGUAGGCCUUGCCAAGAGUAGCAGUAGUAGUCAGACACCAUCAGGAAAAGUGACAUCGUCGGGGUGGUGUGUACCGAAGAAGGGUGCGACAAAUGAGGAGUUACAGGCAAGCUUGGAUUGGGCGUGCGGACAAGGAAUAGAUUGUGGUGCGAUACAGCCAGGAGGGGCUUGUUUCGAGCCAAACAAUGUGGCCUCUCACGCAGCUUAUGCCAUGAAUAUGUAUUUUCAGAAAUCUCCUAAGCAGUCUACAGACUGCGAUUUCUCUAAAACCGCAACAGUCACUUCCCAAAACCCUAGUUACAACAGUUGCGUAUAUCCGGGAGGAGGAGGAGGAGCAGCAGGAAGUAAAGCAGUAAUGAACAAGUAUGUGAGCUCAGACAAAGUAGAGAAGAAGAAUGGAGCAAUUGAUCCAAAAAUGAUCGUGUUGAUGAGCUCCGAUGGUCAGUCGUUUGAGGUCGAAGAAGCGGUAGCAGUCCAAUCGCAGACCAUAGCACAUAUGGUUGAAGACGAUUGCGCCGCUAAUGGAAUCCCUCUUGCAAACGUGACAAGCAAGACUCUUGCGAAAGUGAUCGAGUACUGCAAGAAGCACCACGUCGAUGAGGCUAACCCUAUCUCCGAAGAUGAACUCAAUAAGUGGGACACGGAGUUCUUGGAAAUCGAUCAAUCCACGAUCUUUGAUCUCAUUCUUGCUGCGAAUUACCUAAACAUCAAAAACUUGCUUGAUCUCACAUGUCAAACUAUUGCGGAUAUGAUCAAAGGCAAGAAUCCAGAAGAGAUUCGUACACUUUUCAACAUUAAGAAUGAUUUUACACCCGAGGAAGAAGAAGAGGUUCGUAGGGAGAAUCAAUGGGCUUUUGAAUGAUCGGAUGAAUCAAAAACCUAACUAGCU